AUGGCCAACCGACUUUUCAUCGGCAGCACGCGAUUCCCGCACAAGGACAUUCAUAAAUAUACCUGGCAAGCACCAGACGGAGUAACACGUAACCAGAUCGACCACGUGCUAAUUGACAAGAAACACCUGAAGUCUCUUCUAGAUGUUCGAACAAUGCGUAGUGCGGACAUGUAUAGCGACCAUAAGCUAGUCGUGAAUAAAGGCGAACGUCGGAACUUCUGUGAAACUGUAACAGCCAAAGUUAAUAAUAUCAAUCCUACAAUAAGUGCGAAGGAAAAAUGGGAAUUAGUGCAAAAAGCAUACGUAGAAUCCGCAAAUGAAGUCAUCGGGAUCAAAAACAGUACCCGUAAAAUGUGGAUCACGAAUGAAACCUGGGAAUUAAUCGAACAAAGAAGAACAUUAAAUCAGCAACUAAACCAGGUCCGAAGUGAUGUAACCCUUGCAAGAUAUAACAACAUAGAAAAACAAAUUAAGAAAAUGGCAAGAAGAGAUCGUCGUAAAUUCGAAGAAAACAUCAUCAAUGACGCUGAAGUGGCGGCGGAACAAAAGGACAACAGCGAUGGCCAUAUUCUCACUACGGAACAACAACAACUUAAUCGAUGGGUAGAAUUCUUUAAACACGACGACCCAACAAUAGAUAACUGCGACAUAGACUAUACAACAUCAUCUCGUAUCAGCACAAAGUCACCAUCAGUUGCUGAAAUCAGAUUAGCAAUAAAGAAACUUAAGAACAACAAAGCCGCAGGUAGUGACGGCAUCGCACCGGAAUUACUUAAAACUGAUCCAUCAUUUGCGGCGGAAACACUUGUCCCCAUUAUAACAGAAGUAUUGGACACACAGGCAGCAUCCCGGCGAAAUGGAAACAAGGAAUAA